AUGGGACUGCAGAUGCAACAGCAUGCCGGCGAGGGAGCGGCCGCUUUGCACGAUUACGGCCGACAGGUUGCAGAGGUGGCUGCCCGGACACUGCAGCGAGCUCGAGAGGAUCAGCGCUUGGGACACGACCCUGCUUAUGUGACGCCAGAGCAAUACCAGCAAGGUAGGGGUGUCGCACGAGGGAGGGGUGCCCCACGAGGCAGGGCUGCCUCACGGGGUCGUAGUGGGCGGCGAGGAGGUGGUCCCCAGCAAGGGGGCGUUGAGGCCCCUAUUGAUGAAGUUGGUGCUGAUCUACCGGGUGACCUACAUGAGCCAGACGAGUAUCCCACCAGCAUGCCGUCAUACAACCUUGGGAUGCAGCUCAUUCCAGGGACUUCGCAGGUGACCCCGUCAGGUCCGUUAUUGAUCAUGGGCACGGACCUUACCGGAGAGGAUUGGGAAGAAUACUUCCCAGGGUCAUCGAUCGCUGCUGAGGAUCGGCCGACCCGAGAUUUGGAUAGUGGGCGACGGUUGAGUUAUGGCUCAUCUUCACAGGGGCGGGCUUCAUCCCCGCCCGUCACGGAGGCCCAUUUGUGUGAUGUUGACAUGGUUGCGACGGAUGAUUAUAUUCAGGAGCCCGACGAGACCAUGGUUUCUACUAGACCGACGAUCCCUUCUACCAAUCCUGCCAGCACCACUGAUGAUCAUGCUACAGCGCAUCCUGUUAUAAAGAGGCGCCGUGAUGAGGAUGAUCCUGAUAGCAUAGCCGGGCGGGAUGGUAUGCGCCUCAGGCCAGCAGCUGCAUUGAAGCACACAUGCUGUAGGACAUAUUGA